CAAUCCUAGUCGAGUCACUGAAUCUCCAGGUGGAACAUACACUUCUUGCGUCGUACCUCUUGUCCCUGGAAAUACAUAGCAACCAUGUCAGGUAUUGACACAGACGCUGUAAAGACUGCUUACGAGGAUGUGAGAGAUGACAGAUCUGAAACAUCCUGGGUGUUUCUUAAAUACAAAGAUAAUAAAAUCGUAUGUGACAGUGUGGGGACGGGAUUUGAAGAAUUCAAGUCGAAAUUCACAGACGACGAACGCGGGUUUGGAUUUAUACGCCUGGUGACUGGAGAUGAGAUGAGUAAACGGUCAAAGUUUGCACUCAUAACUUGGAUAGGACAAGACGUCAGCACGCUAAAGAAAGCCAAAGUCAGUACGGAUAAAGGUCUCGUCAAACAAAUAAUCCAGCUUUCCAAUAGAGGUAACCCGGAUGUCACAUUGAUUGCAGCACCCGGUGUGCUUGCAAACGACACAAUUAUUUUACCGUUAUAG